UUUCCACUCAACACAACAAUGCAUUUCAUAACGGCGUUUUUCUUUUCUGGGCACGGGGUUUGAAGCAUUUUCAAAGGACAAAAAAACAACAACUUGGGGGAACAUGGAGGUUAUCGCGACGUCUCCGAUUUGCGAAGGCGCUUUGGGAGUCAUGGGUUUUGUUUCUUGCUCUUCUUCUUUUCUUCUUUUUCUUCUUUUUCUCCACUUCUCUUCUGAUCGGACGGCAAUAACAUACAUGGUCUCAUGGGAAAAGAGAGCCUGGCCUGUCUACACAAACCUCAUGAUGUCUAUGGUGGCAUUGAGUACAUAAAUCCCAAAGCAAAGAUACGAAGCAAUCGCUGCAACACACAUAUUCUCUGCUCAUACUCCACUGCUAUGUGACUUCGUUCAUCCAG